AGUGCGGCGGUAGCCAUUUGUUGCUUUUUUUUGUUGGGAACUUUCAUCCGUGUAUCCCCGUGCACUUUACUGCAGUUUACAAGACAACAAUAAAAAAGGAAAAAAGCACCGAUUUGCAAUUUUAAUUAACUUGAACUGCAUUGCACUUUCUCUUGCACACACUUAAAGACAAAAUGGGCCAAGUCAAGAAAGCCUCAUCUGCUCUUAGCAAACUCUUCGUCUACGGUGCCUUGAAAUACGGACAGCCAAGUAACUCCAUUUUGGCCAGCUCUGGAAAUGGUACUGCAAAAUUCUGGUGUCGGGCCACCACCACCCAGAAAUUGCCCUUGGUUAUCGCCACACGGUAUAAUAUACCAUUCCUAUUGAAUAAGCCGGGCGUUGGAUAUUAUGUAACUGGUGAGAUCUAUGAGGUUGAUGAUCGUAUGCUUAACUCACUGGACAAUCUGGAGGAUUGUGAGGAUAUCUAUACGCGAGAGAAGCAGGACAUGAACAUUGGCGUGGGCGAGGGAACUGUACCAUGCUGGGUUUAUCUCUUGCAAAAGUAUCCCGAGAAGUUGUUGAACUUACCCUAUUUGUCCAGUUAUGAGAACAGCACCACCCAUCCCUACAUCAUGAGACAUCGCCGUACUCACAAACAUCCUGCCCAGGAUGAUCUUAGUUAUGAAGCAGCCCAAAAUUAAGUUCAACGACAAGUUCAAUUAUUAAUUGGCCAGUAGUUGCAUUUGUAGAUUUCCCCUUGAAAAGUGGGGGAAAUAGACUUAACUUUAUAUAUACAUACGUAUAUACCUACAUAUAUAUUGAUUAUAUAUUGACAUAUACACACCCAACAUAUUGUAAUAUAUACAUUAGUUUUUAGCGAACUGUAGCUUGUAAUAAAAUUUGAAGCAAUUUAA